GAGCUCGAAUUAAUUAACAAUUGAAAGGAAAGAAUCUGUGUUUGAUUUCGUCUUGUUAAAAUUAUCCACGGGGAAGUUUCAAAACUCAUUCGGGACCAUCUGCAGAUAGUCAAACAUUUUUUCAAGACAUGUUUCGAUUGUAUUGGGUAGUAACUUUCUUUGAUUUUAUCUUAGUAGUUGUGUUUUCAGUUCACGAUAAUGAUAACUGUCGUCAGUUAGACUUUGACCUUCCAAUAUUUGGAAAGAUUCUAGCCAAGCACGUGAUCCGAACUAUCGAAGUCCCUGACGUCCCACUGUGUCAGCUGAAUUGUUUUCUGGAAGCAGAUUGUGUGUCAGUGAACGUGAGGGCAGCGAAUCACAGCCGAGAAAAGAUUUGUGAACUGAAUAACAAAGAUGCAAACGGUCAUCCUGAGGAUUUGAUGGUCAUUCAUCAAUCUUCAUACCAUGGGACAAAAAAUGCCUGUUCCAGUAACCCUUGCAGGAAUGGAGCCAUGUGUCAAACUGGGUUCACUAAAAAAGGAUACCGCUGUCUUUGUCCUGCAGGCUCCUUUUGCACAAAAGCUCGGUGGAUAAAAAUAAACACUUCACCAGUUUGUUUUGGAGCUCGUCACAAUUCAUAUGGUGUAUUCAAGAUUCUAUCAACUGGUCAUGUGAUCUCUUUCAAACUGGUACAUCUAUCUGGAUACGUGGUCUGUAGUGAGCGGUUCGCCAGGUCAAAAUGGGGAUGCAAAUUCAGAUAUCCUCCAAAGCUGGCAGUUUUUGUCACAGAUCAUCGGCAGCAACCGAUUUUUCCACCAAAUAACACGGUGUUUCAUAGGUUCAAUGGGGUGCCUCAGUGUGCAAAUGGAAUUUAUUAUAGCCUCCCUGGAUACAACGAAGACUCUCGAGAGCUAAAGUUCAAUAACUUUUCUUCACCUAAAACGGUCACUGAGGGCCAAGAAUUUCAAAUAUGGUACGGAGAGGAUCUGAAAGACUGCACUGAAGACGACAAUGAUGGACAAAGUUGUGUUGACAUACACGGCUUGUAUGUGUAAGAGACGCACAUUCGCAGCACUUUUUCUUUACUUAAUUUAUUAUUGUAAGUGAGA